CCCAAAAUAAAUAAAUAAAUAAACAAUACACCAUUAUACUAUUCUAUAUCCAUAUUACAGCUCAGUGAAAAUGAACCAAAUUCCUAGUCAUAAUAGUAAAAUAUUAAAUGAGUGUAUUACAUAGAGUGGUAGAAGAAUCUGCAUUUGAAAUACUAACAUUAUUCCAAAUCCAACAUCACAGAAACAUACUUGUCACAAAAAAACAUAAAUACCAAUAAUAAUAAAGAAAUAAAGCAGAGGCAGCCCAACCACCCCACCCCCACCCCCACCCCCACCCCUCCAUCAUUUCCCAUUCACUCAUCAGUCAUCACCUCCACACCCCUUCUUCACUCCACAGAAAAUGGCUAUCUCAAUCUUCAUUCCCAAUUUUGCCCCUCUAACCCUCCUCUAUUUCCUCCUCCUACCCUCCCCCAUUUCCUCCCUCAACAUCACCCUCCUCCUCUCUUCCUAUCCCUCCUUCUCCACCUUCAACUCCCUCCUCUCCGCCACCGGCAUCGCCGCCGAUCUCGCCUCCCGCUCCUCCCUCACCAUCCUCGCCGUCCCCAACUCCCUCCUCCACUCCUCCUCCGCCCCCAACCUCCCUGACGUCCUCCGCUACCACGUCCUCCUCGAGUACCUCUCCCUCCCCGACCUCCGCCGCAUCCCCCCAGCCGGCAAGCUCGUCGCAACCCUCCUACAGACCACCGGCCGCGCCGCCGCCGACUCCGGCGCCGUCAACAUCACCGUCGACUCCUCCGCCACAAUCACAUUCCACUCCCCGGCCUCCAACGCCACCCUCCUCUCCCCAAUCAAAACCCUACCUUACAACAUCUCGAUCCUCUCCCUCAAUUCGCUCCUCAUCCCCCCCGAUCCCGAUCUCGCCGCCUCGGAGACGCGCCCCCCGCUAGGGCUCAACAUCACCAGCACGCUCAUCAACGGCCACGAUUUCAACGUCGCGGCGGCGAUGCUCGCCGCGUCGGGGGUGAUUUCGGAAUUCGAGGCGGACGAAGGCGGCGCCGGGAUCACGAUGUUCGUCCCCACCGACGAGGCCUUCGCCGACCUCCCGGCGUCGGCGAAAUUCCAGUCGCUGCCGGCCGAUCGGAAGGCGGCUGUGCUUCGGUUCCACGUGCUCCACUCCUACUACCCGCUCGGCUCGCUCGAGUCGAUCGUGAACCCGGUCCAGCCAACGCUCGCCACGGAGCAGAACGGGGCGGGUAGCUUCACCCUCAACAUCUCCCGGGUUAACGGAUCGGUAGGAAUCGACACCGGCAUCGUGCAGGCGUCGGUGACGCAGACGGUUUUCGAUCAGAACCCCGUCGCCAUUUUCGGGGUUUCCAGAGUGCUGUUGCCGCGGGAAUUUUUCGGGAGAGAUCCGAUUGAGCUCUACAAGCCUAAUAACGGUGGAGCUCCGCCUCCGGAUAUUGCGCCAUCGCCGGAGAAUUACGGCCCGGCGUAUCAUUUGUCGGCGGCGGCGGGUGGAGGAGUGGGGAUUUUGUGGAUAUUUUGGGGUUUUUUGGUGUACAGGAAUAUUUUAUUUUCGUAUUUGUAACUGUAAUUAAAUUCAUCCGUUGAAAUUGUAUAAUUAUUGAAAGAAAAGAAAAUUUUAACACGGAGAAGGAGAAUCAUUGAUGGGGGCUCCAAAUUCCACCAUUUUAGGUCGUGAUAUCGUUGUAAAGGGGAAUUUGAUCCAAAUUUUGGUGAGCAA